GGAUUGAUAUAUACGCUGCUGGUGCCUGACGACCACAUUUUUGUCGAGUAUACUUCUUAUACGUCAACGUUUCUCAUUCAGGCGGAUUAAUAUAUAACGUGGGUGAUAUUUAACACGUCGACGUGGAGUGGUCCUGCUUUCACCGUCACUAAGUACUACAUUUAAAUCUAAGUAUUUCUCAAAGAACGAGCAUCACUAUUUAUAUUCCCCGCACAACGAAUUAAUAUUCAACAUGAAGCUAUUAUUUAUAAUAGUUUCAGCUAUUGUUGCUUGUUCCAAUGUUCAGGCGUCGACGUACAAAAUCACUGACCAAGUUUUCCUAGACAUUAUGAUUGACGAUUAUCCAAUUGGCAGAAUAGUAAUUGGGUUGUUCGGAGAUGCUGCUCCAAAGACUGUUAAAAAUUUCUUGACAAUUGCGACGGAAGGAAUCAAUGGAAGAACUUAUGCAGGAUCAAAGUUUCAUCGUGUGAUCAAGAAAUUUAUGAUACAAGGUGGAGAUAUUGAUAAAGGUGAUGGGUCAGGAUCAAUAAGUAUCUACGGAAAGUACUUCGAAGAUGAAGAUUCUGGUUACAAUCACAAUGGACCAGGUUUCGUCAGCAUGGCCAAUGCAGGAAAGAAUACAAACGGCUGUCAAUUUUUCAUUACAACCGUCGCAACGCCAUGGCUUGACGGUGUUCAUACUGUUUUCGGAAAGGUUAUUGAAGGUCAAGAUGUACUUUUUAAAAUAGAGCAGACUAAAACCGACGUAAAUGAUGCACCAGUAUCACCAGUCGUUAUUCUCAAGAGCGGAAAACUUCCCGCAACUGCUCCAUUUUUCAUCUCCGAUGAUCCCUACGAUGUUUGGGCAUGGAUCAAAGCAACUUUCAUUCCAUUAUCAUUCAGUUUUUCAAUUCUUGGAUUUUUCCACUGGGUAAUGAAACAAUUAGACUCGUCUUGCAUCUCAUUACAGGAAGCUGAGAAAUUGUAUAAACAAGAUUAAUUAUAAUUAAAUUUAUCACAAAUAAUUAAUUGAUAACAUUUAUACAAUCAUCUUUAACUCAUUGUAAAAAUAAAAGCGUAUUGACAAUCAUUUGAAU